AUGAAACGAUUUGUCAACGCACUGGUUCUUUUCGCAGCCUGGGGAUGCAACGCCGAUAGUCGGCGCGAUCCAGGCAUGGUCUAUGGAUUUGACACAAUUAAGCCAUCAGCCAACCUCACAUGGACGCCAUGUUUCGAUGACUUUACGUGCGCUAGACUGGAACUCCCUUUGGAUUAUUCAAACAAAAGUAUUGGCACAACGUCAAUCGCCUUCAUAAAAUUGGCUGGAAAGAAUGCUUCUGUCGAGUCACCAAGCAUUAUAAUAAACCCUGGCGGUCCGGGUGGUUCUGGCGUCGACCUCCUCCUCUCAAACCAGGCCAUUGCAACACAAAUGUUUGGAGAGCAGUACAACUUGGUUUCUUUUGACCCCCGCGGUGUGAACAAUAGCGGUCCGAGUCUUGACUGCUUCUCGGGGAACCCUGAAGCAAGAAUGGCCUUCAAUCGACUGCACAGGACAGGCGUUACCAACAUCUCAUCAACAUCGCUUGAGGAGCAGUACUAUUCAAGCUCUAUCUACGGAGACUGGUGCAACGAUGCUGUCGAGAACGGGUCACCUCAUGGAUAUUAUGUGACUACACCGGCGGUCGCCCAUGAUUUGCUCACAUUUAUAGAAGCCGAGGCUGAGUUGGCCGGUCAGCCACCAUCAGACGCCAAACUGUGGUUGUACGGCAUCAGUUACGGCACUGUGAUCGGCAGCACUUUCGCUUCCAUGUUUCCCGACCGAGUGGGGAGAAUGAUACUCGAUGGUGUUAUGAACGCAGACCAAUAUUAUGACAAUGACUGGAGGGACAAUGUCGAUCAAAUGGACGAGGCAAUGGAAAAAUUCUCGAGUUUCUGCCAUUCCGCAGGUCCUGAAUCGUGUUCCUUCUGGGGACCCACGCCAGCUAACAUCACGGCAAGAAUGGACGGUAUCAUCCAAAAGCUUCAGAACCACCCGGUCCCGGUGAGCGAAGUCCAAAGUCGAGGCCUGCCGACACUAGUCACCUAUUCAGACCUAAAGGCCCUUUUUGUCAAUACCCUCUACGUCCCAAUAGCAUCCUUCCCAGUCAUGGCCGAUAUCCUACACCAGCUCGAACAGGGGAAUGUGACUGCUCUUGUGGGCAUGUUUGAUGGGUCGGGUAUUGCGUCCGAUGCCGGGUUUGUUAUCCAGUGCGCCGAUUCGUAUCGGAGAAACAGGCUUACUACCAUUGAGGAAUUCAAGAGUUACGUCGAGUACACGGUUUCCAAGAGCAAGUACAUCGGUGAUAUCUACCCCAUCUUUGUGGAUCGUAUUUUGUGUAGAUCAUUCCGACCACAAUUGCCUGAUAGCAUGUUGGCCCAAGGCCCAAUAAAUGGACUAGGCAGGCCCACAUCCUUCCCGAUCCUGUUCGCGAGUAAUACCAUCGACCCCAUAACGCCGUUAAAGUCGGCACGCAAGAUGUCUUCUCAAUUCCCGGGGUCGGUACUUCUAUUGCAAGAAGCCGUUGGUGUAAGUUAUCGAAUCUCAAUCACACAAUCAUCUCAAGCCAGAGUCUAA